UGAUACACGACCACGCUCGUCAUUCCGCUAACUCUUUACCAGCUCUCACUUCAUCUCCCGACUUGUCCCACUACGAUUUCGCGCAAGAGGUCAUCCUCACAACCAAGUCUGCUAACCCGUCCCCUGAGACUGCCUUUUUUAGCAUGGGCCAACUCCACCGCGCCCUUCCGCGUCUCUCGGGCCGCGACUUCGCAAUCGAGGCAGAGAAGCAAGCAGCUGCCGUGGCGCAUGCUCGCACGCAGUCGGACGCCCUGCGCGCCGCCGAGGCCACCAUUGUAUACCGCCCCAAUGGCCGUCUUCCAAGCCUGGCCCAGAUCCAGGCCAAGAUGCACCGCAUGGGCGGGAGCCGCAGCGACUCGAUCGACUCGCAGGACUCGGAGGGCCCACAGACGCCGACGGACGAGAUGACAACGUUUGACUUUGUCGCCCCUCGCCGUCCAAUGACGCCUGACAGCCCUUCGUCGCGUCUUGCGCCCUUCCUUCGCGAGCGUACAAACGGCCGUCUGGCUCGUCCCCGGUCCAUGCCACCCGUCUAUGGCGAAGUGGACGACCUUGACGAGCUCCCGGCCUUGCCGUACUUCCGCACCUCGCGUCAAGGCUCCCUGCCUCCUACCCAGCAAUCGACGCAGCGGACUUGGCGCCAGUUUUCGCUCCCCGCAACGCCCGCCACCCCCACUCGUUCGCCGAACCGUGCUGGUGGCGUGACGCUCGUUGUUACUCCUCCCUCGCAGUCGCAGUUGCGCUACUCGCCCACAUCGCCCACCGAGUCGGUGGCAUCGGUCGUGUCCGCUGCAUCAUCUGUCCCAUCGCUUCCCAUCAUCACUUGCACCCCUGCUGCAGAGCAGGACUCAGACGAGGAGUCUGAGGGUGACGUGAUUGUGUUCAGCGGUGAGCCCGACUCCGACGAGGACGACGAGGACGACGAAGAGGACCGCCGCAUGCGCGAGCAGGCUGGUCUCGAGAUGCGGAACCGCCUGCUUCGCCGAUCCACGUGAUGACCGGCGAUCCAGCAACGACUAUCUUGUGCCUGUUUCGGCCGAUAUACCGAA